CAAUUCCAGUCAUUCCGGCCGCUCCAUCCUCAGCGCUCCCCGCUCACACUUCCCUGCGGCCAGUUCUCCGACUGACUAUAGAGGGAGUGAGAAACGAGUGAGAGAGAGUGGAGAGAGAGAAAAGGAGGGAGGGAACACAUAGGAGGGGAGAGAGAGAGAGAGAGAGAAAAGACAGAGACUACCUGCUCGAUCGAAAUACGGGGGAGACACGAGCACACGCGCGCGCACACGCACGCGAGCAUUCGCCGAGCAACAAGACAAUAAACACCAAGAACUGCAAAAAGGACCUGGAAGAGUUGUCAAGAGGAAUAGUGUUAAACGUAGGAUCACCUUAAAACUACCAAACCCCGAAAGAGAAAGUCAGUAACCAUGUAUCUGAACAGGGAAGAGGAGAACGGCAAAGGCUCUGUGUCCCUCAGCGUGUUCUUGGUGUCACUGGCGUUCACCGUGUGCGCCGUGUGGCUGGUGGCGCUGUGUGGAGUCUGCGGCUGGUGCCAACGCAAGCUGGGGAAGAGGAACAAGCCCGGGGUGGAGGCUGCAGGAACGCCAGACUCAGCUCGUGGCCGGGGGGAGAAAAAAGCCAUCAAUGAUCUAGACAGAGACUUUUGGAAUAACAAUGACAGCAGCACAGUGCAGCAGAAAUGGAGCUCCUAUCCACCCAAGGAGUUCGUACUAAACAUUUCUCCCUAUGCCCCUUAUGGAGAUCCUCGCCUCACGCUCAACGAAGGGAAGAUGGUGGUUCUGUCGCUGGCGAUCGGGCUGGCUGAGCAGGAUGACUUUGCCAACAUCCCCGACCUGCAGGAGGCACCGGCCAGCCACGAAACCCCCCCUGACAAGAGGGCUAGUGGCAACAGGCCUAGCAACAGCCCUAAGGGCCAGCCUCCCGAUGACACUGACCGCCGUACUGAUGGCCACUCUUCUGUGUCCGACUUGGCCAACUCUUUGACCAGCGAGAUGCUUAUGCUGUCCCCUGGCUCAGAGGAAGAUGACCACGAGGGCCCUAUCAGUGAGAAACUGGGUCGUAUUCAGUUCAGCGUGGGCUAUAGCUUCCAGGACUCUACUCUCACCGUCAAGAUCCUCAAGGGACAGGAUCUGCCCGCUAAGGACUUUUCUGGCACUUCUGACCCCUUUGUGAAGAUCUAUCUUCUUCCCGACAAGAAACACAAACUGGAGACCAAGGUGAAGAGGAAGAACCUAAACCCACACUGGAAUGAAACAUUCCUGUUUGAAGGGUUCCCAUAUGAAAAGGUGGUCCAGCGGACCCUCUACUUGCAGGUGCUGGACUAUGACCGCUUCAGCCGCAAUGACCCAAUUGGAGAGGUGUCUCUCCCUCUCAACAAGGUGGACUUGGGUCACAUGCCGACGUUCUGGAAGGACCUGAAACCUUGCAGUGACGGGAGCGGAAGCCGUGGGGACCUUCUACUGUCCCUGUGCUACAACCCUACAGCUAACACCAUCACUGUGAGCAUUAUCAAGGCCCGUAAUCUGAAAGCCAUGGACAUCGGGGGCACCUCAGAUCCGUAUGUGAAGGUGUGGCUCAUGCACAAGGAUAAGCGUGUGGAGAAGAAGAAGACAGUGGUGAUGAAGCGAUGCCUGAACCCCGUGUUCAACGAGUCCUUUCCCUUUGAUGUGCCUGCCCACGUCCUCAGAGAAACCACCAUUAUCAUCACCGUCAUGGACAAAGACCGACUCAGUCGCAAUGACGUUAUUGGCAAGAUCUACCUGUCUUGGAAGAGUGGUCCUGCGGAGGUCAAGCAUUGGAAGGAUAUGAUGGGACACCCACGUACUGCAGUGGCCCAGUGGCAUGCCCUCAAGGCCUGAAUGCCCCCCUCUUCCCUGACCCAUCACCCCAUUGCCCUUUACGUGCCCUGCUCCCGUUUCUCUAACCCUGUCCUUAUGCACAAGACUGACUCGCAGUCAGGCUGCGAAACACGGGUACAAUUAGCCAUCCUUCAGACUCUCUGCUCUCCUCUCUUUCUAUCCCAUCUCCUUGUUCAUCUCUCCCUUCUCAUCUUUAGUCUUUUGGAUCAUCUCCAGGUCUCCUUCAGCCAAUGGUUCUGCUGUUUCCAGUCGUCCGAUCGUCAGGCUGUACUUGUACUGUUGUGGAAGUAUGUUUUUUUUUUCAGUGUCCCCAUCUUGUUUUGUACAUUGUACUCUGUAAAAUAUCCUUGCCAUUUACUUGGCAGCCCCUUACAAUAAUACCAUUUGUACAGUAAAAUGCUCUAAUACUACAAUCAUGUUUAAGUAAACAGCUGCCCCACAAGACGUUGUGGUGGUAAGACAGUGAGGCACCCUGCUUUUGGCCUCUCUUCAGGUCCCUGGAGUUACUGUUCCUACCUGCUGCCAUGUCUUGCCACCAUUGGCUGGUGAAGGAUGCCCUUCCUGAGUUUGAUUUAGUCCCCUUUUUAUGGAGUCAUCGCCCCCUACUCUCCCCGUUUCCCCGCCACCCCGCCGCGUGUGUGUUCGGGAGGCUUCUAUUUGCACGCUCCCAUGUCUGCUCACAUUCCUUAGAUCUGUGUCUUUCUCUGUUUAACUAUACAAACAGAAAGUAACAGAAAAGUAUCAUGAAGAUGGCACAGCCCAAAAAAAACAAAAAAAAACAAACAAAAAAACAAAAAAACAAAUGCCACUAAUGAGUGACCUGGAGACAAAGGGAUGGGACAUGGACUCGUAACUGAGCGAGCCCUGAUGGGUUCCUUUCCCUUUCAAUCUCUUUCUUUCUGUCUCCAGUCGCUGGCAUAGUAAUGGUGACUCUUCCCCUUCUCUGGAUCCCUUGUCGUCUUUGUGUGACGUAGGUGCUGUGUGUAUCUCCAACAAAGUAGAAUCAAAAAAAAAAACACAAAAGAUGAAACAAACUGAACUGGAAUGAAACAAAAAUGACAGACGUAUACAGAGCAGGCCGUUCCAGGCCGUUCCAGGCUGUUCCAGGCCGUUCCAGGCCGUUCCAGGCCGUUCCAUACCAGAAGGAAGGAAAACAAAAUCAACAAUGGUCAACGCAUGUUGUUUUUUUCCUCGAUACAAAACAAAUGAUAAAAAAUAACUUAUCAAAGCGUUCUUCCAGACUCCAGUGAUAACUAGAUGCAAAAAUCCCAUUUUUUAGCCACACUGUGUGUGUAUGUAUGAGGGCGUCAGUGGUUCGAGUUGCCCUGUGUUUAUGUGAUCUCCGUACCUGCAGCUGGGGGCCGCACUCCUGCAGGAACCCUUUAGCUGUUGAGGACUCCUCUCAACCCCCCCCCGAUCUGCGCUGACGAGUGCCCGCGUGUGUGUGUUGGUGUGUGCGUGUGUGAGCCUGCCUAAGCGUGUAAAAAAAUAAAGCGUGUAAAGUGUGCUCAUGAGGUCCUCUGGCCUCGUUCCUUCUUCUGCCCCUUUUUAUCUAACUCCUCCCCUUGCAUCCUUCAUCUUUUCUCAUGCUUCUUCUUCCUCUUUCUUGUAUUUACUCAACGAAAUCCCCUCACAUUUAGAGGUGAGGGACUGUGGUUGAGUUUGAGCUGCACUUUUUGGAAAAUAAUAAUAGUAAUAAUAAUAAGACUGAUGCUGAAAUGCAAUCGUUACACAUUUUUAAGGGAGGGCAUUACAGCGGGCCAGCAUCCCUGUGGAGGCGGAGUCUGUUGGGGCGGAGUCUGUUGGGGCGGAGGACCUGUCUCUGUUGGCUUUGGCUGCGGCCUGCUUAUAGAGAUGCAGAAAGCAGCUAGUGACUCGCUCUUUAUAGAGUCAUGCCAGGGCAGCAGGGCCAGCGGGCCACAUGCUUGCCAGAGUGACUAAGGCUUGAUGGCAUGUGUGUGACUUAACUGUGUUGGCAGCACCACUAAGUCUAUUACACCCAGAGCAUUGUGGCCAUGUUGCCGGGGGAACUGUAAGCUCUCUGCUCUGUCACUGCCGUAGAGGUGUCAAAAAUGGGGAAGUUUAUUAUCGGCUAGUUUAGUGAGGGCUUUACACUGGUGCUGGUGCUGUACAAAGGGCACCCUGAGUUUUUUGUGCAGUUGUGCUGCUUCAGAGGACGGCCGGCUCAUUUAAUGAAAACUGAGCACCUCCCACAGCUGGAAGUAGAGCAGGAGACACUGAGUGACAAUGCCAGUUAUAUAACAGAAAUGCUGUUGUGGAGCGGAGAUGGGGAGUGAACGUGGCGGGGCGUUGGGGAUGGUGCAGCUGUGCUCUUCCCAGGGGAAAGCCAGUUGCAUUGUGGGCAGGUUUGGGAGGCACCUGUCACUGAAAAGAUCAAUAACUUAUUUUCUGUGGGCCAAUAGACCUUCCACUGGCAACACUCAACACUUAAAACGGUGUAAAUAAUGGCUAUUGUAUAAAUAACAACUGCACUAGUUAUCGUGCAUGAAAAAAACUAAUCGCAAAAGGCAGUCAAAGCCUUUGCUGUUUAUAUGUGUUGAUAUAAUAGUAAAGUUAUAUGCUUUACCAAAUACAAUAUGACCUAAAUUACUACAAAUAUAGAAAAUGAUAAUUAGUAAACAGCUGGACUGUCAAACCCAGAACCCAUGGAUUCUUAAUGACUCGAGAUGGAAGAGCGGCACAAGGAUGCAUUGCUGCUCUUGCUAGAGCAAAUGCCUACAGGCAUAAGUGGGUGGAGGAGCUACUGAGCAUGUUCACAGAUCAGGAAGAACAUGGAAUGCUACUGACCACGUGCAGAGAGCAGUGAAACGGAGGCUAUUACUGAGCAUGUGCAGAGAGCAGUGAAACGGAGGCUAUUACUGAGCAUGUGCAGAGAGCAGUGAAACGGAGGCUAUUACUGAGCAUGUGCGCGCACCAGUGAGACAGGUAGGCAUCACAUCCGCCUGCCAGAUGGUACUGAAAACUAUGCUUCAGACUUUAAAUACUGGCUGCUGCAUAAAUCACUCUGAAUAACAGCUUUGUGCCCAGAUGACGAGCUGUGCUGGCCUCAAUUUUUAUCUAGUGAGCAUUUAUAGCUUGAAUUAGGUCCUCGUCGUAGGAAGGGACAGGACUCUGGUGCAGUGUUUGUACCAGGCUUGCAGUGAUAUGUUGCAUGGCUAUUGUCGUUGCCUGAGUCCUUGCUUUUUGAGUUUCUUUUGGUUUUCCUUAAUCGUCCUAUAGCCUAUGUUAGUGGUCUUGUCUGUGAGGCUCGUAGGGGUUCUGCAGCUGUAUGUCAAAGGUUUGGUUAACCGAAGCCUGCACUGUCUCCCUGCGACUUCCCUACUGGACACAUUAAAUACUGACCCAACAAGCUGCAGUGAACAGAUAAAAUUUGCGGCUGAGCCAGUUCUGUCCUAUGCAGGCAUCUCUUUCCUCACCUGCUAACCUACAGCAGUGGAUGUGCCCCCCCCCCUCCUCCCAUGCGGCUCACUGUCUGGGUCGGGUCAGUGAGCGGUUUGAUAGCACAUGAUGGCCAUGCUCAUCAGAUGCUCGGUGGAGCCUUUCGCUGCCUGUCAGAGCAGAGGGAUACUGCCUCUGUGGCAGAUCUGUUACAAAUUGUGCUGUUUGGACUGAUGUGUCGUUUCUGAUCCCUGUGACAUUUCAGGGAGGCCAGUUCAGUUGGAAGGAAAACUUACAGAUAUGGAUAGAUAUCAGUGUCUAUUUGCUUUUAAGAUCUUUUCCAUACUGUAUGCAAAGGGGGCAGGACCCAGCUAGUAAAACAGCACAGAAAUACCAUGGUAUAUUAAUGUUGUCUACUGCAGAAUCCAGCGUAGGUAUUUCCGGGUGAUUGCAUCAUGCUGGCUGCGUAAUGACAAGACCCCCAAGUAACUGGUGCCUCGAUUGCUCUUUGUGUGAAUAGACAUGCUGCCUUUAAACUGAGAUACACAGAAAUCAUUGAUUUGAUUCAGGUUUGCAUGAAUCAAGUUGACAGGUUAUUUGCGUGUGUGUUUUCUGCACACGUGCAUGACUGGCAAAAGUAACUUCUAAAGUAGAUCAUGGCAAAACGACAGGUGAGGAGGAGAGAGAGAAAGGAAGUCAGGAAAUGAGAAGCACCGUUGAAACAGCAGCCAGUUAUAACCGAUCUGUUCAUUUCCAGCCCAAAACUUUGUGUUAAUCCUUAUUCCAUUUCAGCAGCAAAUCUGCCAGCCUGUACCCAAGUCUGUCAUUCACUCCAGGCAGAUACCAGUUCCACCUGUCAUACCUGGUGCUCUCCUGCUGGAUGGUCAUUAAUGCACAGUUUGGUCUUUAACCUUCUGCAAGGCUCAGUCUCGCUGCCGAUCCUCUCCUGUCUUCAGUCAACAGCUUGUAUGGACAAGUGCGUAGGAAAGGCUUUGAUACGGGGGGAGACACUACAUAAUAAUUUAAAUGUAAAAGUCUACAUUUUGUGGAGGGAUGAAUGAAGCCAAAUAUUGGAGGUACACAUGCCCCCUGUCCCCCUGGUUCCUACACCCCUGCUUUUGGACAUGCGAGAUAGGACAGGAUCAGUGUGUUAAGCAGGGUUCGUUUUCAGUGGCAAGCCAACGUGUCUGUCAGGCAUGUAGUCUCUGGCCUCGCCCACCCAGUCAGACUCCACCUCUGUCAGAUCAGCCCAGUCAUUGUUUUACGCAUGCGAUGCAUCCAGAUGUGACUUCUUCCCUCAUUGGGUUGAAUUAAGCAUCGCUUGAAAUAAGAAGGAUUUAAAUAUGAAUGACAGUAACAAGAGUAAUAACAAUAAUGUUGUGUUUACAUAUGACUGUGUGUGUGUGCGCGUGUGUGUGUGCGUGUGUGUGUGUGUGCAGUUGGUGUUCUUCCUCCUGGUCAGACCAGAGACCAGACCUUUUUCUGUACAGAUUGUUGAGGGGAAUCGAUGACUAUUUGUUGUAUACUACAUUUUGGUUUUGUCACUCUAAAUGAUGAAGAAAACAAUACUGAUCCUGGUGAUAGUGCUGAUGAUUAUAAAAGCCCUUCUUGAAUAAGGGCGUUUGAUGUUUUUGUGUUUUUUAGGGAUGGCGUGGGGUUGGGAGCUGGGGGGAGAGACCUAGCGCUACACCUCCGAAUCUACAACUAUUCCUAAAUAUUUAUUGAUAAAGUGACCAAUAUUUCAUAAGGAGUACAUCCAAGGCACCCAAACCAUGCCUUGAUCCAUGACAUUUGAUUAGGAUGAUCAGGUACUACGGAGGCUGGAGGGCUCUGUGUUUGAGGCUGAGGGAUUUCUCAGGUGAUGCUACUUACUUUUUCCAGUGUCCACCAGGGGGCGCCGCGAGGCACCAUUGUGGGCCCGUGGCUGGUCUCGCCUGUUCGGCAUGCUCUUCAACAGUGGAUGUCUCACCAUGACCACAGGUUGGGUUCAGUAGCCCCAUGCCUCCCUCCUGGGAUUUUUAUCCCGCAAGGUCUCAGGCCUCCGGCCUAGCUCGGCCCCUCCUGGGAAUGAGGCCUGCAUGGACAUGCCCGUUCACAUGGGAAGAGUGUGAGCGAGACGGCGGCUGCCGGGACACACAAUUAGCAGAUGCAGUCAGCAUGUCCAGUGCUGGGAGAGAAGGUCCACCACUUCUCUCGCACAUCACACUACUGUCACAAGUCAUUAAGCCAGCCGCACUGAGCAGAAUCAUAACGUCCCAGUGUUUGUUUGCCGUAAGGGGGCUGUGUUUUUUGUACUUCUGUAUCUCUCUGUUGGACACCUGAAUAGACAGCAUAGUUUGCCCAUAUUUAUCAUUAUGCAAACAUUGCAUCUGCCGAGAGACGAUUAAUAGCUCAGUUUAUUAUCCACUACAAUACUUGUUUCCCUAGUGAUAUGGAAAUUGUCUAAUUCUGUGUGGAAAACCAAGCCCUGGUGUCAGAACAUAAAGUCCAGACACCAGUCUGCUCAAAGUGACUCUUUCUAAAAUUAUUCUGCUUUUAAAGGUAGGCUGGCUGCUCUGUACGGCUGUUCUUAUAGCCUCUCCUUCCAGUCACCCAUAUGCUGCCUCCCAGGAUCUGGCGAAGGUCUGAUCGGUGGGCGGGGCUUGUAAAUGUUAGGGGAGGGCUGGGAAGGUGGCAGAUUUCGAUGCAGGCUAUAGUCUGGCUGAUCCUACCGCCCACCACAGCAGGGAAAGGGGUGGGAUGCUGUUUAAGUGCAAAUUCAUUCAGCUUUAAAUGGAAACAUACUACUCACUUUAGGACUUGGCACUAGUGCUGUUUGUUUCAGCAAGUGGCACCCAGUACAAACACGAGCAGAAACAUCAGUCCCUUUCCAGGGGCAAGGUUAAGAAAUGUCAUGUGGGAAAAUGGGAGCUCACCUCAGAUGUGCUGCUACAUUCAGGGAUUCUUAUACGCAAAUCUUUUAUAUUUGGCGAAGCAAUCAGUUGACCAGUUUCAAAGAAAUAUUAAUAAAUAGCAAACAGAAGAAGCAUCAAUGAGAAAUUGCCUGAAAGAUAUCCAAAGUAUAUGUGUGUGUUUAUUCUGUGGCACCUAAGGAGCUGGUUUAGUUCUCUCUCCCCUUCUCCAAACCACUGCUGCACCUGCCUAACAGACUGCUCUGGCUUUCAACACACGAUUGUGAUGUGUAAGAUCUAAUUUGAUGUAUUUUUAUUUAUUUUAUGCCAACUUUGUACAGUGUAUAAAUAUAUAUAAAUAUAUAUAUAUAUAUAUAUAUAAAGAAAGAAACUUUAAAAAGGACAGUACUGUAUAGAUUUUAGAUGCCUGGUAAAGGUGAAUAGUAUUUACUUGGUAGAGCAAAAGCAGAAGAGUAGAACUGUUAAAAAGCAGGUUUUGGGAACGUGCUUCUGUAUCCUCCAAGACCCAAUGGCAAAGGUCCUUUUUAUAGUAGACAUUCUUUUUCUUUGGCUUUUUGAGUCACCUGGUAGCAUCCAAGGUGCAUCGUUUGUUUCCUUUCUUGUUUUGUUUCACCAAGAGACGCGGCCAGCUCUGGCGUCCAGGAGAGUGCGAUGGAUCCGAGGGCGGCGCCGUGAUGAGGGUGGAUUCAGUCUGUCUUUCUGUUCAUCUGUCACUCGGUUUGUGCUUCUGCCAGUCCUGUAGCUCCUCUACCAUUGUGUCAGUGUGCUGGGUAGCAUGUUUGCACGAGUGGGCAGCGCUACUGACCUAAGCUGACACGCCCUCUCUCCCUCCUCCUCUCCCUCCCUCCUUUUCUCACCAUUAAUUACUUCUUCAGAAAAGUACAUCAUGUAAAAAGCAAUACUUACAUCAGACUUUUCAUGCAUAUUCAUAUUGACUCUCUUAUAUAGUUUUUUUAUUCCCUUUCGCAUAUGGUUCUCUUUAGGCAACGUGCAUCUUGCCUCGUUAGAGGAGCAGGUGCCACAUCUGUGCAAACCAGUGACCAAUAAAGGUGCGACUGUGUGUGGGCUAUCAAAUGGGGCCAAUGAGGGGCUCCAUCCAUUCAUCAGCACAGGCUAGAAGCUUGACCUAUUGCAACCUACAAAUAAAAAAUUGUCUCCCUCAGAUCAAGGACACACAGAAACCUCCGCAGAAAUGUUUUUCAUUUUGUCUGUCAGUUAUGUACUGUAAUAUAAACAUAUUUUAAGUCUCUUCCUAAAUACUUGUGGUUUAAAUGUCAUUGUACCAUCCCCUAAAACAUAAAUCUACUUUUACCUUCUGAAUAUUGAGUUAUGGCUUUGACUCUAUGAACUCAAACUCAUGAAUGGUGAGUUGCAUUCCUAAAGAUAACACAUUGUCCACAGGCCUGCUUGAACAAUGUCCUAAUAUCUUUUCCAUCCUAAUGAAGAUCCUUCAGGGCCAAACGUAUAUCACCACGGAUAGCUGUGCCGGCUACGCUUCAUACCAUUAGUAGCCCUACACAUAUAUUUACACGUGUGUGCACCUGUCUCGCUCAUUUUUUUUUAUGGAGAAGGGUGCGUGUCGUAUUAUAGAUGGGUCCCAUGGGGGUUGAUACAGAGAGCAGCCAUUCUCUGAAAUGGACUGGCCACAGUCCCAGUUUCUUGAGACACAUAGCAGUUUCCAGCUGGGCUCCUGCCACCUCGCACACACGGGAUAAGCAGUCUGUCCGUCCACAUGGCUGUGUAUGUUCAAUAGACUGUCUUUGUCUUUGUUUAGUAGACUGCGUAUUUGUUUCUGGCAGUGUUCCACUCCACUAUCUCACCGAGCUUAUUUGAUUUGUGGACUGGGUGGGGGGCAGCCAUACGGGCAGAGCAUCUCCCGCACCCCUUUAGAACUUCCAGUGCCAUCUUUUAUAUGUUGUAAGUGUUUGUAUGUGAUUGUUGAUGUUUGUGUGGCUUCAGUAGAGUAAUGGGUUCUUGCUGGGUGGGCAAUACAAAACUCCCCUUCCCCAUAUGACUAUUCUUUGUGUCCAAAAAAAAAACCAAUAUCUUGAGACAUUCCAUUCAAAU